GUGCUUCCCAAAGUACUACUCCUUUGAACUCCCUCAAUCAAUUUCGAUCCCCCUCGUUGGUUGCUAUCAACCACGAGGGUUGUCCACGAAGGGUUACUGUUUUAACAUCUCCCCGCUACAGUAAGAGAAGCUGGCGCAUUGUUUAAUCCAAAUCCACGACGUUGGCGCCCUUACUUGUAGCGCCACCUAGGCAAAUUACCGCAUGCAGUUUGCCAGUCUUCUAUUCUUAUCUCCAUUAGCAGUUCUUUCUUGAGUAUAACUACGUGAUCUUUCCUAGCGAUCCAGCUACGUACGGGCCUCGCCUUUGUGAAGGCUUUCGACUACUGUUCGAAUAAGCAAGAGACUAGUGGUCAAGCAAGAUGGGGAUGAUGAAGAAGUUCAAGGCACACCUGUUGAUGGUGGUGACGCAGACGGGCUUCUCUUUCCUCUACUUCAUUACUCAGGCAGCUUUCGGCAAUGGGUUGAAUCCUUUUGUCUACGUCACCUACAGGCUUCUUGCCGCCGGUUUGUCUAUGCUGCCGUUUGCCUAUUUCCUGGAGAGGAAAAUGCAGCCGAAGUUGACAAUACUACUAUUCUUGGAGAUAUUUGUGCUCUCACUUCUUGGGGGGAGUUUGACGUUGAAUUUGUACUUUGCAAGCCUCCAAUACACUUCUCCCACGUUUGUUGCUUCCAUGAUCAACACUAUUGCUUCUAUCACCUUCGUAGUCGCAGUAAUGAUUGGAAUGGAGAAACUGAAUGUAAGAAGCAAAAGAGGGGCAGCGAAGGUGGUGGGCACGAUAGUAUCGUUAGGAGGAGCCCUGAUAAUGUCCAUGUACAAAGGCCCUGACUUCAAGAGGCCCUGGGGAGCUUUGAUUUCUAUCCAUGGUGGCACCGUCCAUGAGGACUGGGUGAAGGGCUCUAUCCUCUGCAUCACAAGCUGCUUCACUUGGGCCAUGUGGUAUGUCAUGCAGGCCAGCACGCUGAAGCGAUAUCCUGCACAGAUCUCAUUGACCACAUGGAUGUCCUUCAUUGGAGCAGCUCAGUCUGCUAUCUUCACGGCUUUCGUGGAGCGCAAACCGGAGGCUUGGGCCCUUCGUUUUGACGUCAGCUUCUGGAGCAUCAUUUACUCUGGGGCCAUAGGUUCAGGCAUGCUGGUCUACACGCAGCUCUGGUGUUCCGAGCAGAAGGGUCCGGUUUUCGUGACCAUGUUCAACCCUCUCUGCACCAUCUUAGUGGCGUUAAUAGCGUAUGCAGUUGUUGGCCAGGACCUGUAUGUUGGAAGUGUUUUGGGAGCAAUCGUUGUGAUUGUGGGCCUUUACUUGGUACUCUGGGGGAAGGACAAAGAUCAAGUGGAUGUCAAGGAUGGAGAGUUUCUGCCUCAGUUCGACAAGGUGUUUGCAUCAGACAUGAAGGGCCAAACCAAAACCCAACAGUUGGAACAGGAGAAGAACUCCAAGGAAUGGGCAGAGAUAUAGAAUUUGUGCAUGCACGAUUUUGCCAAAUAAGAAAUAAGCUCAAGAACUUUGUCUUCUUGGCACGGGCUCUUAUAAGAUGUUGUAAGAUGUGUGUGUGUGUGUUUCUUCCCUUGGUUUUGAUGUCUCUGCCGCAUAACGUACCUGAUACACUAUGGACGUGUAAG